AUGUCCACCUCCUCCGUCCCGGACCAGCGGCUGGACCACCUCCUGAGCGCCGUGGAGAGCGAGUUCCAGAAGGGCAGCGAGAAGGGCGACGCGUCGGAGCGGGAUAUUAAGCUGAGCCUGGAGGACGCCGAGCUGUGGACCAAGUUCAAAGAGCUCACCAACGAGAUGAUCGUCACCAAGACGGGAAGGAGGAUGUUUCCCGUGCUGAGGGCCAACGUCAGCGGGCUGGACCCCAACGCCAUGUACUCCGUCCUGCUGGACUUUGUUGCGGCGGACAACAACCGCUGGAAGUACGUGAACGGGGAGUGGGUCCCCGGGGGCAAGCCGGAGCCCCAGAGCCCAAGCUGCGUGUACAUCCACCCCGACUCCCCCAACUUCGGGGCCCACUGGAUGAAGGCCCCCGUCUCCUUCAGCAAAGUCAAGCUGUCCAACAAACUCAACGGCGGCGGACAGAUCAUGUUGAACUCGUUGCAUAAGUACGAGCCGCGGAUCCACAUCGUGAAGGUGGGGGGCAUCCAGAAGAUGAUCAGCAGCCAGUCCUUCCCAGAGACCCAGUUCAUCGCCGUCACCGCCUACCAGAACGAGGAGAUCACUGCUCUGAAGAUCAAGCACAAUCCGUUUGCCAAAGCGUUCUUGGAUGCAAAAGAAAGGAGCGACCAUAAGGACAUUCCUGAUCACAGUGCGGACCAGCAGCAGUCUGGCUACUCUCAACUCGGCGGGUGGUUCCUCCCGGGUCAGAACCCCAUCUGCCCCAGCAGCAGCCCCACCCAGUUCAACGGGACGGUGCCCCACUCGUCUGGCUCCUACUGCGAGCGCUACUCCAGCCUGAGGAACCACCGGACCUCCCCGUACCCCACCCACUACCCCCACCGCACCCCCAACACCAACAACUACAUGGACAACACCUCCGGUUCGUUGCCGGCCCACGACAGCUGGUCGUCACUGCAGAUCCCCAACUCCACGGGCAUGGGCACCCUGUCCCACACCUCCAACGCCACCUCCAACGGAAGCCAGUACCCAAGCCUAUGGUCCGUAGCCGGGACCACCCUGACCCCCUCGGGCUCAGCCUCGGGGUCCAUCGCGGGGGGGCUGACCUCCCAGUUCCUGAGGGGAUCCUCGUACACGGGCCUGACCUCCUCCCUGCCCGUCUCCUCGCCCUCCUCCAUGUAUGACCCCAACCUGGGGGAGGUCGGGGUGGGGGAGGCCCAGUUCGAGAGCUCCAUCGCCAGGCUGACGGCUUCGUGGGCCCCUGUAGCGCAGAGCUACUAA